AUGGAAUUCAAAACAAUGUAUCAUCCUUCUGCUGGUCGUGAACCACUCCUUCAAACGUUUGAGGAGUUCGGCGUCAAUUCGCAUCCUGAGGAAGAGCUCCCUGUAGAUGAAGAGCCCUGGCGUCCUUUCUGUUCCCGCGGCGACUUUGAGUUUGCGGAGAUCGCACUCAAUGCCGCACUCAAUAAAUCACAAAUUAAUGCGCUCCUUGCGCUCAUUGGUCGCAUAUCGAGAGGAGAGAGCCGGUUUGUAAAACACGACAUCACCGUUCCUUACAAAAAAGAACAACGAGUGUAUGAGACUCAUGCGCUGCCUCUGUGGGACUGGGCUCUUGAUUUGUUAGCUAAUCCGCUGCUUGCUCCGCAUUUUGUCUGGGAUGCACAACGAGUUUUCAAGCACAACGGCAGGGAGGCUGAACACUUUUACAACGAGCCUUGGAUGGCAUCAACAAAUCAGAGUCGCCUUCCAAGUGACAUUAAGGCUGCUCCAUUCUGCUUCAUCCUGUAUGCGGACAAGACAAGACUGUCGUCCCACGGUACAGUAAAGGGAUAUCCUGUCGUGGUCCGUUGCGCGAAUUUGCCAGUUGGCAUACGGAACGGAGAGGGCAUCGGCGGUGGCCGUGUUGUCGGGUGGUUGCCAAUCGUAUCUGAAGAUGCAGACGAAGAAGGCAAGCCAGGCUUCGUAAACCUCAAGCGCGUCAUAUGGCACGAGGCAUUCUUAAAACUGUUGGAACUGGUCGCGCAACACUCAAAGUCUGGUUAUUCACAUACUUGCUAUGACAAGAUCGCACGCUGGUUGUUUCCCAUUAUUCUGAUACUUUCUGCUGAUUAUGAAGAACAAUGUAUGAUGUCUCUCAUUUGUGGCCACCAUAUCAAAUGUCCCUGUCCAGUAUGUCUUGUACCGCUCGAAGAACUUAGCGAGCUAUCAAAGACGUUUGCAUUUAGAACAGUGGAAGAAGCAAUAGCCGCACUCAAUGUUUACAAGGUCAGCAAAGCUCGAGGCGAGGAACUACUCAAGGCAUUAGGAUUGCGUGCUGUCGCGAAUGUUUUCUGGCUCAUUGCGCACUCUGACCCUCAUCAAGUCAUCAGUUUUGACCGCCUUCAUGCCCUCCAUCUUGGUAUGUGGAGGCACCUACUCGAGGAGUUGAAGAAAAUCCUCAAAGCGCUUGGACGUGAUGAAGAGUCAAAGGUCGAGAAACACACCAUCAUCCACAUUACCUUCAGUGAUGGUAACAAGAUGCAAGAUCUAUCCAAGCAAGCCUUCUAUUCUGCGGUAAACGUCUUGAACCAGAGGACCAGCCCAGAAGGGUAUAAACUUCUUCGCGUUAUUAGUAGCUAUCUGCAAUUGGAUAGCUAUAUUGGUCUCGAUGUGCAUACGUCAAGCACACUGGCAGCAAUUGAUGCUGAACUACUCGUUUUUGAUAGCGCACUCAAGGAAUACAUCGAAUGUGCUCUCAAUUCUCCCAUCGUAGGUCUCAAGCUUGACUGGGACUUUCCAAAGGCGCAUCUCUGGCAGCACGCAACUAGGGGCAUCCGAAUGAAGGGUGCAGUACACAACUACAGCACCCGUCCGAAUGAGAAGCUUCAUGGCCCCCUCAAAGAGGCCUACGAGCGCCAGUCAAAUGGAAAGGACGUCGCUGACCAGAUAUUGCGUGUUGACACGCGCAAAUUCGCAGCCAAAAUGUUGAGAGCGCACGUGGACGUGCUUGACGAGCGGCGCACAUUGGCAGGAGAGGGCAAUGAUGACGAUAAAGACCCGAAUCCUGUUGCUUUUGAGGGGCACAUCAAACUUGGUUCGAUGCAACAGCCUGUAGCCAUCCAAGACAUCGAGACCCAUGGCGGCCAAUUGGAUCGUGCGUUUCAAGGCUUUCAUAAGAAGUUUUCCGAUUUUAUCAACAACUCAUUACCGACGUAUGGAUAUCGACUGGAAAGAUGGGUCACCAUACCGACAAACUUCUUGAUUCGUGAACAUCGCUUUCUCAAAGUUCACUACGAGUCUACCAUCGACUGGAAGCAAACUACCGACUACCUUCGAUGCACUCCAGGCUUCCAUGGGCAACCGCGCUAUGACUGCGCACUUAUACAACUCGCCCAGGAAGUAUCAGUGUUUGUUCGCCUUGUUUUCAUAUUCAGUUGUCAGCUUCUGGAUGUUGGUUCCUUCGAGUUUGCACUGGUUCAGCCAUUCACUGCUGGCAUUGGUGCUUCUCGCAGGUCGGACCGUGAUCUACGACUUACUCGUGUCAAAGCUGUCCCAAGGGCAAGUUCGAUCUUCGUUCCAGUCCAGUCUUUCAUUCGUGGCGCUGUUUGUUUCCCUGAUCCUGAUCACCGAGAUGAAUUCCUCGUGGUCGACCACAUCGAUAGUGACAUGUUUGUGCGCAUGAAGUCACAUCCAGCAUGCCAGUGA